UCAGUUUGAAGCUAUAAAACUUGCCCAAUUUUCCAAUUCUUCCAAACCAAAAAACUUAUAACUUCUACAUUGAAUCAAAAAACUCUCUUAAUCUCUCAUUUCACUCUAAAAACACACAACAUGAUCAGCACAAACAAGCUUAUUAAGAUGGCAAGAAAGUGGCGAAAGUUGGCAGCUGCAAGUAAGAAAAGGAUCUCUUGGCCAAGAUCAGUGGCUAAUGAGGGUCACUUUGUUGUCUACACUACUGAUGGAAGACGUUUCAUGAUUCCAUUGGCUUAUCUGAAGAGUGAAGUUUUCAUAGAGUUGUUUAGAAUAGCAGAAGAAGAAUAUGGAGUUACAAGUUCGGGGCCAAUUACCUUGCCUUGUGAAUCAAAAUUCAUGGAGUAUGUGAUUUUUGUGGUUCAAAGAUGUGCACCUCAGGAUUUGGAACAGGCACUGAUGAUGUCCUUAACCAGCUGCAGACACUCAGCACUGUUACAAGAACAUCAAGAACAAAGUAGUUCACAUUUACUUAUCUGUAGUUUCUAGAAUAAAUUUUGAUUCUUUUUAGUAUACAACAUGUACAUGGUUUACAUUUUUACCUGGAAAGUUAAUGAUAAUAAUAUGGUAAAGAGAUUCAAAUCAAACAAGUUUCCAUUCUU